AUGACGGUGACAGUGGCACAGAGAGAUGCAUCCCUUCCUGACACCUUUCAGACAAAUGAACUGCUUUAUUACGAGAGAUUCAGAGCCUAUCAAGACUACACGCUAGGUGAUUGUAAAACAUCAGAGGUGAAGGCCUUCACAGCUGACUACCUGGAGAAGGUUCUGGAGCCUUUUGACUGGCAGGCACAGUGGUGCACAGACGUGUUUGAUGUGCCAGUGGAGGUGGUGGAUGUGAACUAUAAGGAGAGGCUGAGACUAGAGGCUGCCACGCUGCACAAAGUGCCUCUGCAGGAGCUCCAAGUGGUGUUUGAUGAGUCUGGGGACUUUGACCAGACUGCGCUGGCACUUGAGCACCUCCGACAGUGGGACGACGAGGAUGAUGACUUUGACUACUUUGUCAGAUGUGUGGAGCCCCGCCUCAGGCUGUACGAGGAUCGGGUGCCUGCUGGACUUGUGACAGAGUAUUACUCUCUUUUGGCACGAUGCUCUCAGAAGUUCCAGGAGUUUUCUAGCCUGCGGAACGGCAUCAGCAGCGACUCGGAGUCGGAGCUGGACAACGUGUCCAUGGUGGAGGGCCUAAGGAUGUACGAGCAGAUGGAGGCUCUGAAGCGCAAACUCCGGAUCAUUGAGAACCCGCUGCUCAGGUAUGUGCUGGGAUACAUGUUUAACUCAGGGCAGCAGGCUUGCAGGGCCAAGGGGCCUCGUGUCUCCGGUGGCUGGUUGGUCCAUGUCGUGUCCGUCUCCACUACAGUCAGCCAGCUGCAGAGCCUGAUGGCAGACAAGCUAGGGCCCAAAUUCUCAGGGGAAGAGUUUGAAGUACAUUUUCACAGUGAGCCCCUGCUGGCUGUGAGUGCCUGCUACGAGGGAGACGUGGUCAUCAUCCUUCAAGGACACUACACUGUCACCAGCUCCAUCAGUAUCCCAGACUCCAUAUCAGUGGAAGGGUUCGGCAUACCUGAUGAGGUGGUGAUUGAGAAGAAGAACAAAGGGGACUCGUUUGUGGCGUCAACAGGAUCCGACGUGAAGGUCUCCAACGUCAAGUUCAUCCAGCACGACGCUAUCGAAGGCAUCCUCUGUGUACGUCAGGGUAAGCUGGAGAUGGAGAACUGUGUCCUUCAGUGCGAGACGACCGGUGUCAUUGUGCGGACGUCAGCCCACUUGACUAUGAACAUGUGUGACCUCUACGGCUCUAAGGGAGCUGGUGUGGAGAUCUAUCCUGGCAGUGUCUGCAGUAUGGUGGGAAAUGGCAUACAUCACUGCAAAGAAGGGAUCCUGAUCAAGGACUUUGCUGAUGAGCUGGACACCAUGCCCAAGAUCACCAUGGUGAACAAUGUGACCCACAACAACGAGGGAUACGGAGUGAUCCUGGUCAAGCCUAGUGAUGCUGUACCAGGCGAGGCUGCACAGGAAGACACCCGUACAAAUGAGCAACUGGAUAUAGAAGAAGGGAACGAGGACAUGAAGGGUAAGGGGAAGAUGCGGGUGGAUGUGGACGUGCAGCUCAUCGUGGUGGACGACUGCUCUGUGAAGGAACCAGUCUCCUAUUCGUCUUGUUACGCCGUUCCUCCGGAGUUCACGGAGGGCAACGAUGCCAUCAAGAGGGAGCUGGUGGCCACGUCAGCCAAGAAGCAGCGACGCCAGAUGAGCAUGCUGAAGGAGCUAGGAGUGACCCAGGCAGAUGACAACCUGCUCUCCCAGGAGAUGUUUGUCUCCAUACAGGACAACCAGUUCAGGAGAAACUGCAUGGGCAACUUCAGCACCUUGUACUGAGACGAACUGACCCAUCUUCCUGCUCUGUUUUCCAUACAUGCACAAUCACACUUUUACUUGAUUUAUUCCAACCUCUUUGAUACAUUUUGCUGCACUGACUAGUGAGUGGGUAUGUGUACUUUUAUACGCUUUUUAUCGUGGCUUUUUAAUACAAUUCUCAUUUUAGUAUGCUGAUAUCGCGGAGACCCGAGUCUAAUAAACACAAUUAUUUUCACUAUGACUAAUGAUGAGACUCAAAUGUCCUUCAAAUGUUUUUUCACUUUUUUUGGGGUGGAUAUUGUAUGAUUUCUUGUAAUGGAUAUUGUUAAGAUGCCACUGUUUGAAAUGCUUUUGUUGUUGGGAGAAAUCACGUUGCCUUAUUUUGAGUUAGUGUCUCACCCUCACCUGUAGUUCUGGUCAUUUGUUUAUCAAAUGUUGCUGAAAACACUCUGUAAACAUUCUAAAUCAUGGGCCAAU